AUGGUGCAAAUCAAAAAUGAUCCUCUCUUCAACCCCAGGCCACUACGGGUCGUAUGCGUUGGUGCAGGAUUUGGUGGACUGUUAGUUGCACAUCAAGUCAAAUACAACAAACAAUUUGACGGUUUUAUUGACUUUCAAAUCUAUGAAAAGAAUGCUGGUGUUGGUGGUACAUGGUUUGAAAACAGAUACCCUGGAGUGGCAUGUGAUGUUCCAGCACACCUUUAUACUUUUCCCUUCGAGCAAAAUCCGGACUGGUCAUCAUUCUACGUAUCGGGACCUGAAAUUUUAGCAUACAUUACGUCUGUCACCAAGAAAUACGGCCUUGACCAGAAAGUCAAAUUCAGAUCAAAAGUUGUGGAAUCGGUCUGGGAUGAUGACAGCGCUAAAUGGAAGCUCAAGGUCGACGUGUCUGGCAAGAUCAUGGAUGAUGAAUGCGACGUUUUAAUCAACGCGGCAGGGUUUUUGAACAAGUGGGACUGGCCCGCUAUCGAUGGACUAAAUGAUUUCAAGGGCAAAGCUGUGCAUAGCGCUGACUGGGAUGAGGAUUUGGUCUGGAGCAACCAACGUGUCGCAAUUAUUGGAAAUGGCUCAUCUGCCAUCCAGAUAGCUCCUCACAUCCAACGGACGGCUUCGAAGAUGGUCAAUUUCAUUCGGUCCCCCACCUGGAUAUCUGCGAAUUACUUGACAGAUUGGACCAAAGAUGGUGCAAACUUCAAAUAUACGGAAGAAGAAAAACGCAAAUUCUACCCUAACUUCCUUGAUUGCGCAAGAAACUCACACAUUUCUAGGAUGAAUCAGUUCUUUUAUGCACUGUUUCCUGAUGCUCAACUGCAGAAGGUAACCUUGACCGCAACCAAAAAGCUGAUGGAAGAUAGACUAUCAAAUGCUCCAGAGUUGAGGGAGAAACUCAUCCCCACCUGGCCUGUUGGAUGUCGCCGGUUGACUCCAGGAGACGGUUAUCUCGAAGCAAUUUCUGCCUCAAAUGCUAGGUGCAACUUCAGUCCUAUACUCAAUAUUACCCCAACAGGGAUUCAGACUGAGCAGGAACAUGAGGAGUUUGACAUUAUUAUCUGUGCGACUGGCUUCAACGUGAGCUUCCGUCCUUUCUGGAAGAUGAUAGGGCGAAAUGGCGUCGAUUUGAAUACGGAAUGGGCUGCACUCCCUGAAGCGUACUUCGGCGUCUGUGCUCCUGACCAUCCGAACUAUUUUGUUUUUAAUGGGCCCAACAGCCCUGUCGGGCACGGGGUCCUUCUGAGCAGUAUGCUCCUCGUUGCUCAAUGGAUGCUUAAGUGGUGCAAGAAGAUUUCCACAGAGGAUAUUAAGUCUGUAUGCGUAACACGCGAAGCUGUACGAGAUUACAAUGAGUAUUCGCAAGAGGUUCUCAAGGGCACUGUAUGGGCAGCAGACUGCAAGAGCUGGUACAAGAAUGGGAAGACCGAGGGGAAAGUGACAGCUCUGUAUGCGGGCAGUGUGCUACACUUCAGAAAAAUCAUCGAAAGCUUUCGAGUGGAGGACUUUAAGCUCGAGUACCAGUCUGCGAAUCGCUUUCGGUUUAUGGGUAACGGGUUUGCUAAGGUCGAAGCUGAGGGAGGGAACGUGUCGUAUUACCUCGACAUGUAG